GCGCAUGGGCUCAGCACAAACCCGACAAACUGAAGUCGUACACAGCGCACGACAGGACAUUUCCAUCUGGUGCAGAGGUCAACAUCUUUCAGCACGGGGGAAGGCACCAUAUGUUGUUCAAUAGUUAGAGGUCGAUAGGAUUGAUUGAUGAGUUUAUUUUGUCAUGAACGGGGCAGUAAUGCCUUUGACCCACUGCUACAUUUACGAAUAAUUCCCUUUGCAUACAGCACGGUGCUAGAAGAUGGCGGAGUCAGAUGGUGGGGAUUUCGCCUCGAAUCGUCCACAGAACAGCGCAGGUGACGUGGGCGGUGUUUUCAGCAUGUUACACACAGGUGUUCCAGCAGGCUAGAUAGCUAAUUAGCACAGGUUGUCGCCUCUGUCUUCCGUAAAACAAGCACUGUAACAUGGAGAUAUGGCCGUGUGGGAACACUAACCCUAUAAAGUAUGGCUAACAAGAAUAGCUCCCUGCGUUGCACGUUCUCAGCCCCAAGCCAUAGCGCCACUCUCCUACAGGGCUUGUCGGUCCUGCGAGCCCAGGGGCAGCUCCUGGAUGUGGUGCUGGCCAUCAAUGAGGAGCGCUUCCAGGUUCACAAGGCAGUGCUGGCCUCCUGCAGUGACUACUUCAGAGCCAUGUUCACUGGAGGCAUGAGGGAGUCAAACCAGGAAACCAUUGAGCUGAAGGGCUUGUCUGCCCGUGGCCUGAAACACAUAAUUGACUUUGCCUACAGCGCAGAGGUCACGCUUGACCUGGACUGCAUUCAAGACGUACUGGGAGCAGCAGUCUUUCUACAGAUGGUCCCAGUCGUUGACCUCUGCGAAGAAUUCCUCAAGUCAGCUAUGAGCGUAGAGACCUGCCUGAACAUCGGCCAGAUGGCCACCACCUUCAACCUGACCUCCCUCAAGGAGUCUGUGGACACCUUCACCUUCCGCCACUUCCUGCAGAUUGCAGAGGAGGAAGACUUCCUGCACAUCCCCAUGGAGCGCCUGGUCUUCUUCCUACAGAGCAACAAGCUGAAGAACUGCAGCGAGAUUGACCUAUUCCACGCUGCCAUCCGCUGGCUGCAGCACGAUGAGGCCCGCCGAGCCGGUGUAAACGAGGUCCUCUGCCACGUGCGAUUCCCCCUCAUGCCCUCCUCGGAGCUGGUGGACAGCGUGCAGACGGUGGACAUCAUGGUGGAGGACGUGUUGUGCAGGCAGUACCUCCUGGAGGCCUUCAACUACCAGAUCCUCCCAUUCCGUCAGCACAAGAUGCAGUCCCCGCGGACCGUGAUCCGCUCCGACGUGGUUUCGCUAAUUACCUUUGGCGGGACACCCUACACUGACAACGAUCGCACUGUGAGCAGUAAGGUGUUCUAUCUCCCAGACAUUGCAGCGCGUCAGUUCAAGGAACUAACGGAGAUGGAGACAGGAUCCAGCCACGCCUGUGUAUCAGUGCUGGACAACUUUGUGUACGUAGUCGGCGGGCAGCACCUGCAAUACCGCAGCGGUGAAGGGGCAGUGGACAUCUGCUUCCGUUACGACCCACACCUGAGCAAAUGGCUGCGUAUCCAGCCAAUGCAGGAGGGGCGUAUUCAGUUCCACCUCAACGCUCUUCAAGGACAACUCUACGCCACUGGGGGGCGCAACCGAUCUGGAAGUCUGUCGUCCGUAGAGUGCUACUGUCCUAAGAAAAACGAGUGGACCUACGUGGAACCACUAAAACGCAGAAUCUGGGGCCAUGCAGGAACUCCCUGUGGCGACAAGCUCUACAUCUCAGGGGGUUACGGUGUCUCAGUGGAUGAUAAGAAAACCCUGCACUGUUACGACCCCACGUCUGACCAAUGGGAUUUCAAAUCGCCUAUGAACGAGCCCAGAGUGCUUCAUGCUAUGAUCAGUGCCAAAGACCGUGUUUACUGCCUGGGCGGUCGCAUGGACCAUGUGGAUCGCUGCUUUGACGUCCUGGCAGUUGAGUAUUAUAUUCCAGAGAAUGACCAGUGGACCACUGUUAGCCCCAUGCGAACAGGGCAAUCUGAGGCAGGCUGCUGCUUGUUGGAUAACAAGAUCUAUAUCGUUGGAGGGUACAAUUGGCAUCUAAAUAAUGUCACAAGCAUUGUACAAGUGUACAACACAGAGACUGAUGAAUGGGAGAGGGAUUUGCACUUUCCUGAGUCUUUUGCAGGAAUUGCGUGUACGCCGAUCAUCCUUCCACAAACCACCACGCAACGGUAAUCCCUCCGCCCAAAGAGACUGACAAUUUGAUUCCAUGCAUUCUUACUGUUGAGCUGUCAAAUUAAUACAAACAUGGCACAUUACAUAAACUAUUGAAAUAUUAGUGGUAAUUUUGAUGUGAUGUGGGUGGGUGUGUGUGUUUGAGGGAAUAAGUGGAAAUAGGAAUACUAUUUUGCUAUAAUAUACAGUGUAUUACUUCAUUUUCCAUCCUAUGGUUGAGGUCCAUGUGCUGCAUUGUAAUGAGCAGUUUUAAUGGAAAACAAGUGUUAGCUUUCCGGUACAAACUCGCUUUUAGGGUAUUUUAAGCAAUACUUAAAACACUACCCACAGUCAAAACCUAUUAGCUGAUUUGCAGGAUAGUUUUUAAAUUUGUGCCAUGCAUCAAGGAAGCAUGUUUUGAUUAUUUAAUUGAGUAUAUUCAUUUAAAUAAUAAAAGAAAAUGUAAAAAAUAUUUUUUUUACAACAUAUUGGAUGACAUAUUUGACUGUUUAGGACCAUUUGAGAACUAGUGAUAGACUUAAGAAGACUCUCCUAAUGUUUUAUGUUUAUUUUCAGAACAUCGGUUUUUGCUGUGUAUGGUGAUGUGCUCAUUAGGCUGUUCAAUUGACUGGAGAUGUUUACACAGUCAUCAUAAUGAAAUGUGUAUUCCAAACUGACAAGCUAAUAUGUCUCUUAUGGCACCGUAAUCAUUUUUUUCAACUCCUUUGUGUAAGUGUGUGAGAACAUCUGUGUUUAGUGCUCCUUUGGUAGGUAUUAGGUAGGCUUCCUGAAUAUUCUGAAGUCUCUUAUACUGUGUAUAAUCAAUAUACUGUAGAUCAGAAUGAAGUGCUUUUGUCUUGUCCAUCUGCAGUGUUUAGUUGUGGGGGAAACUGGUCAAGUGGUCAGAUAUAUUUUGGUGCCAUGUUCUUUCUCCAAGCUCCUACAUAAAAGGACAGCAUCAGUAUGAGCACUAUGGUAAUUAAUUUUACCUAGACAAGCAUACAGCUUUCACUUAUCCAGUCCUGACAGAACUGUGAUUCUCAAAGAGCUGGUCGCAAGGGGCUGAACUUCACGUAAGGGUCAAAGUAAAGGCAUAGAUGGAAAGAACAGCACAGCACACAAGCAGUGAUAUGUGAUUAUUUUCCCUAGUGUAUUUCUUAUUUUAGUACAGUGCAGAUGGUAGCAUUUUUGUUUUAUGAGGAGUAUUGUAUGCAAAACUAAUGUGGCUUUUACUGAUUUUAGACUGUUGGUAAUGCUGAGACGAGCUGAAUUUUAUUUGGAAGCACAACAUGGCACGCGUUAAAAUGUUUGGUUCUGAAAAUGUCACCUGUUUGCCUUAGGGACAGGGUUUUUGUGAUGUUUUGUCUGUCCAACUCGGAAGCACAUAGUUAUCUAUUAAGUGCAUUAUAAGUGGAAUUCACUGUAAUCCAAUGAGAAUGUAGACUUUUCUGUAUCCAAAUGUAUAACUUUUAAUUAAAGGUGUUACGUGAACUGAA